UGCGACGCUGAUUCCCAGGAAAAUGAAACUGUUCACCUGCUCCACCUCGGUUGAUGUAGGCAGGGGUCUGUCCUUCUACAGCCGAGUGGCAGAGAACUGCGAGGAGGCAGCCCACUUUAAUGAGACAUUUCGGUGGCCCAUUGCCAGCAGGCUGGAUGGAAACGAGACGUUGGAGAUCCAAGUGUACAAUUACAGCAAAGUCUUUUCCAACAGACUGGUGGGGACUUUCAGCAUGGUACUUCAGAAGGUGGCUGAAGAAGGACACCUAGAGCUCACCGAUACACUCAUCGAUGAUAACAACACAUCCAUAAAGACCAGCGUUACUAUAGAGAUCAGAUACCACUCAAUGGAUGGGACAGUGGGAGUGUGGAGCGAUGGGGAGUUCCUGGAUGUUCCUGAUGACCGUGACGGGAUGUUUGCCUUUGAAACAGACAGCUUGCUGUCAGGACAAAGCCAUGGGUCAGGGACGUCUCCGGGACGAUCCUUACAGGGAUCCAUACCGACCUUCAGGAAAGCAGGGAAAGGAGUUUUCUCAGCCAUGAAGCUUGGCAAGAUCAAGAGCUACAGAGACGAUCACAAGAAAGGAGAUGAGCCGGCGGUCCUGGAUAUGGAAGACCUGGACAGGAAGGCGAUGCGUCUCGCAGGAUCACUGGACCCAGACACCAUCUCUCUGGCCUCUGUCACCGCCGUCACCACCAACGUCUCCAAUAAGAGGUCAAAGCCAGAUAUCAAGAUGGAACCAAGCUCUGGACGACCAGUGGAUUAUCAGAUCAGCAUCACAGUGGUCGAGGCCCGGCAGCUGAUAGGCCUCAACAUGGACCCCGUGGUGUGUGUGGAGAUCGGAGAUGAGAAGAAGUACACAUCUAUGAAGGAGUCCACCAACUGCCCGUAUUACAAUGAGUAUUUCGUCUUUGACUUCCAUGUCCCUCCUGAUGUUAUGUUUGACAAGAUCAUCAAGCUCUCAGUCAUUCACUCUAAAAAUCUUCUUCGGAGUGGGACCUUGGUGGGAACCUUCAAGAUGGAUGUUGGGACUGUUUACUCUCAGCCUGAACAUCAGUUUUACCACAAGUGGGCCAUCCUGUCUGAUCCUGAUGACAUAACGGCGGGGUGUAAAGGAUAUAUAAAGUGUGACAUCGCUGUGGUUGGGAAGGGCGACAACAUCAAGACUCCACACAAGGCCAACGAGACGGAUGAAGAUGACAUAGAGGGGAACCUCCUGCUCCCAGAGGGCAUCCCGGCAGAGAGGCAGUGGGCAAGGUUUUAUGUGAAGAUCUACCGCGCCGAGGGACUUCCUAAAAUGAACACCAGCAUCAUGGCUAAUGUGAAGAAGGCCUUCAUCGGAGAGAACAGAGACCUGGUGGACCCCUACGUUCAAGUGCAGUUUGCUGGGCAAAAAGGGAAGACUUCAGUCCAGAAGAGCAGUUAUGAACCAAUUUGGAACGAGCAGGUCAUCUUCACUGAGCUGUUCCCUCCACUCUGCAAACGCAUGAAGGUCCAGAUACGAGACUCGGAUAAGGUCAACGACGUUGCCAUAGGAACCCACUUCAUUGACCUGCGCAAGAUAUCAAAUGAUGGUGACAAAGGGUUCCUGCCCACACUGGGCCCAGCUUGGGCCAACAUGUAUGGUUCCACCCGUCAGUACACUCUGAUGGACGAGCACCAGGACCUGAAUGAGGGUCUUGGAGAAGGCGUGUCCUUCAGAGCCCGUCUCCUGCUCUCCAUCGCUGUGGAGAUCCUGGACACCACUUCACCUGAGAUCAUAAGCUCCACUGAUGUGCAAGUGGAGAGUGUCUCCAACAUCUCAGAGAGUGCCACUGGGAAAAUAGAUGAGUUCUUCCUCUUUGGUUCCUUCCUGGAGGCCACCAUGAUUGACAGGAAGAUUGGCGACAAAGCGAUAAGUUUUGAAAUCACAAUAGGAAACUAUGGCAACCAGAUAGAUGGUGUAAGCAAGCCUUCAUCAGCAAAGAAAAGGAAGAAAGAUGGAGAAAAUGAAGAAGAGGAGAACGAGCUCAUCCAAAACUCCAGUGAGGACGAGGCGGACGAGGAUGGGGACCUGGUCUCCGUCUCCUCCACUCCUAUAAUGAAGCCCGUCAUCACCGACAGGAAUUACUUCCAUCUUCCCUACUUCGAGAAGAAGCCAUGUGUCUACAUCAAAAGCUGGUGGCAGGACCAGAGAAGACGACUUUACAACUCCAACAUGAUGGACAAGAUCGCUGACAAACUGGAAGAGGGUUUAAAUGACGUUCAGGAGAUCAUUAAGACAGAGAAGGCUUUUCCAGAACGCAGACUCAGGGGAGUGUUGGAGGAGCUCAGCGUCGGCUGCAGUCGGUUUGUGACUCUGGCUAACAAGGAUGUGAACCAGGCAGGCCGAACCAAACUGGAUCGAGAACGGCUGAAGUCCUGCAUGAGAGAGAUGGACAGCAUGGGCCAGCAGGCCAAGAUGAUCCGGACUCAGGUGAAGAAAAACACAGUGAAAGAAAAACUCAAGCUGGUGCAGAACUUCCUGCAGAAGCUCCGUUUCCUCGCUGAUGAGCCUCAGCACAGCAUUCCAGAUGUUUUUAUCUGGAUGAUGAGCAACAACAAGCGCAUCGCCUAUGCCCGGAUUCCUUCCAAAGACAUUCUCUACUCCAUAGUUGAUGAGGAAACAGGAAAAGACUGCGGCAAAGUCAAAGCUGUCUUCCUCAAGCUGCCUGGUAAGAAGGGGUUUGGUCAUGCAGGCUGGACAGUUCAGGCUAAGCUGGAGUUGUAUCUGUGGCUUGGCCUCAACAAGCAAAGGAAGGACUUCCUCAAUGGUCUUCCUAAUGGUUUUGAAGAGAUCAAAGCUUCUAAAAUGGGCCCCGGCCUUCAGUCUGUCCCCCCCAUCAGUCUCGUCUACAACAUGAAGCAGGUGUUUCAGCUGAGAGCGCACAUGUACCAGGCCCGCAGUCUGUUUGCUGCUGACAGCAGUGGCCUUUCAGAUCCCUUCGCUCGGGUCUUCUUCUCCACACACAGCCAGGUUACUGAGGUCCUGAGCGAGACUCUUUGCCCUACAUGGGACCAGCUGCUGGUGUUUGACGAUGUGGAGCUCUUUGGGGAGGCCAGUGAGCUGAGGGACGACCCACCAAUCAUUGUGGUUGAAAUCUACGACCAGGACACUGUGGGCAAGGCGGAGUUCAUAGGCCGGACGUUUGCGAAGCCCACCAUCAAGAUGUGUGACGAGCACUACGGCCCCCCGAGGUUCCCACCCCAGCUGGAGUACUACCAGGUUUACAGAGGGAACUGCACUGCCGGGGAGCUGCUGGCUGCCUUUGAGCUGCUGCAGAUCGGUCAAGGUGGGAGGGCCGAUCUUCCUCCCCUUGAAGGGCCGACAGACUCGGAGCGUGGACCCAUUCUGCCUGUGCCGCUGGGCAUCCGACCCAUCCUGAGUCGCUACCGCAUUGAGGUUUUGUUCUGGGGCUUAAGGGAUCUGAAGAGAAUUAACUUGGCUCAGGUGGAUCGUCCCCGUGUGGACAUAGAGUGUGCAGGGAGAGGUGUGCAGUCUGUCCUCAUCCAGAACUACAAGAAAAACCCCAACUUCAGCACCCUGGUUAAAUGGUUUGAGGUGGACCUUCCAGAGAAUGAGCUUCUCCACCCUCCUCUCAACAUCCGGGUGGUGGACUGCCGGGCAUUUGGCCGAUACAUCCUGGUGGGGUCCCAUGCUGUCACCAGUCUGAGACGUUUCAUCUACAGCACCCCAGACAAAUCCUCCAACAACUGGGCCACUGCAGGUGACAUCAUCGUCAACAUGGACACAGAGCCUCUGGUCCGAAAGAUGGACACAGUCGUCAAGUUAGACGCUACGUCUGAUGCUGUUGUAAAAGUUGACAUGACUGAGGAGGAGAUUGACAAAGAGAAAAAGAAGAAGAAGAAGAAAAAGAAGGGAGGGGCAGAGGAAGAGGAUGAGACAGAUGAGAGAGUGCUGGACUGGUGGUCCAAAUAUUUUGCCUCAAUAGAAACGCUGAAGGAGACCCUCAGAGCCCAGGAGGUAGCACAGGCAGAGGCGGAAGAGAGAGAGGACCUGGAGAUAGCUGCAGAGGGAGCAGAUAUCAAACCUAAUGACCUUCUUAUGAAAGGCUCCAAGACAAGGGAAAAGAGCAAAGAGAAGAAGAGCUCCAAGGACAAGAAGAAGGGUCAGGCUGUGGACGGCUCUGAGAAACGACCGGUGAAAGCAAAAGUGGACGAGCUGUUGGUGUACAACAAGGAGCUGGAGAGUGAGUACGGCAACUUUGAAGACUGGCUCCACACUUUCAACUUAUACAGAGGGAAGGCUGGGGAUGAUGAUGAACAUGCUCUGGAUGACGACAGGAUUGUUGGCAGAUUCAAGGGAUCCUUGUGUAUGUACAAGCUACCGCUGUCUGAGGAGAUCACGAGAGAGGCAGGAUUUGAUCCUAACAUGGGCAUGUUCCAGAGCAUUCCACACAACGAUCCAAUUAAUGUCCUUGUCCGUGUCUAUGUGGUUAGGGCUACAGAUCUUCAUCCUGCAGAUAUCAAUGGGAAGGCCGAUCCAUACGUUAUCAUCAAGCUGGGAAAGUCAGAGGUCAAGGACAAAGAGAACUACAUCUCCAAACAGCUCAAUCCUGUGUUUGGCAAAUCAUUUGAAAUCGAGGCCACUUUCCCCAUGGAGUCCAUGCUGACGGUGUCCGUGUACGACUGGGACCUGGUCGGCACCGAUGACCUGAUUGGAGAGACAAAGAUUGACCUGGAGAAUCGUUUCUACAGCAAAUACAGAGCCACCUGUGGCAUUUCAUCCAGCUACUCUGUCCAUGGAUACAAUAUUUGGCGGGACCCUAUGAAGCCCAGUCAGAUCCUGAUGAAGCUCUGUAAGGAAGGCAAGAUCGAUGGACCCCAUUAUGGGCCGGGAGGCAAAGUCAAGGUGGCAAAUCGAAUCUUCCUGGGGCCUACAGAGAUCGAGGAUGAAAAUGGUCUGAAGAAGCAGACUGAGGAGCAUUUGGCCCUGACAGUGCUGAACCACUGGGAGGAGAUCCCGAGGGUGGGCUGCAAGCUCGUCCCUGAACACGUGGAGACCAGACCACUGCUGAACCCCGACAAGCCCGGCAUCGAACAGGGCCGUAUUGAGAUGUGGGUGGACAUGUUUCCUAUGGACAUGCCUGCUCCUGGACCUGCGAUUGACAUAUCACCACGGAAACCAAAGAGAUAUGAGCUCAGGGUGAUUAUUUGGAAUACAGACGAAGUAAUACUGGAGGACGAUGAUUACUUCACUGGGGAAAAGUCCAGUGACAUAUUUGUCAGGGGAUGGCUGAAAGGACAGCAGGAGGACAAGCAGGACACAGAUGUGCACUAUCACUCCCUGACUGGUGAGGGCAACUUUAACUGGCGCUUUGUCUUCCCCUUCGAUUACCUCAUGGCUGAGGAGAAGAUCGUCAUCUCUAAGAAAGAGUCCAUGUUCUCCUGGGAUGAGACUGAAUAUAAGAUCCCUCCUCGCCUCACGCUGCAGGUCUGGGACGCCGACCACUUCUCUGCUGAUGACUUUCUGGGUGCGAUUGAGUUGGACCUAAACCGGUUCCCUCGUGGCGCCAAGACCGCCAAGCAGUGUUCCCUUGACAUGAUCCGAAAUGAGCAGGAGCUGCCCACCAUUUCCAUCUUCAAACAAAAAAGGGUCAAGGGCUGGUGGCCGUUUGUAGCCCGAGAUGAGAACGAUGAGAUGGAGCUCACGGGUAAGGUAGAAGCUGAACUUCAUCUGGUGACAGCAGAAGAGGCGGAGAAAAGUCCUGUUGGACUGGGACGAAAUGAGCCAGAUCCACUGGAGAAACCAAAUCGUCCCAGUGGCAGCAUGUCGUGGCUGCUUAGCCCGAUAAGGACGGUGUGUAUCCUGGCCUGGAGACACUACAAGCUGCACUGUGCGGUGCUGCUGGCUGCGGCGCUGGGCCUGCUCUUCCUGGCUCUGCUCUUCUUCUCUCUGCCCUCAGAGCUCAGCCACAAGCUCUUCAACACUGCUGGAUAAAAACACUGUAUGUCUCUGUACUUAUUAUGUAUUACA